AUGGAAGAUGCUCUGGCCCAAGCCGUUAUCCAGAUAAGAUGGGAGGAAGAUGAGAUGAACCGAGCUGCUCACUCCAGAUAUGAACCAAGGUGGAGCGACAGGAAGCCAGAGCCUAGAUCGGUAGAAAACCGCUACCAACCUCCAGCAUGCAAUAUGGGUAGAACCAGAAAACCUUAUGAUCGCCAACCUGCGAGAAAUGAUAACAGGCAUUUCGGAUCGAGCCAGCACAAAAUACCAAAGUACAACCUCAACGUUGAACCAACCCAGGUCGUAGAGAUAAUGAAAGGAAUGGGGUCCGCCAUCAAGUGGCCUGGUAAGCUCAAUCCCGAGGGGCACAACACCGCAGACUGUAUCGCCUUGCGGCUUGAGGUUGUCGCACUUCUGAAGAGGGGACAUCUCCGUGAUCUACUCACUGACAAGGGGAAGAACACCAUUAGCCAGAAGGGCUCCAAAGAACCGUCGCCCCCUCCGCGAGAACCCACACCAAAGGGUUUCUGCUCACUCAUCUCCGGAGGAUCAGAAAUCAGCGGGGUAAGUUACUCAUCGGCCAAGCGGUAUGCUAGAACCAACAACCACCAUGAAGUCCAGUCCAUCCAUCUGGUCUCGAGGUCAUACUCUCAUCAAGUAAUUCAGUUCGAAGAUGACGAACCGGUCACCCUGGCCGCUCCUCACCACGAUGCUUUAGUCCUCUCCCUGCAAAUAGCCAACAUACUAGUGAAAAGGGUGUUCGUAGAUAGAGGUUCGUCAGCAAAUAUCCUAUUCCUCGAAGCAGUAAAAGCAAUGGGGCUGGAAGAAGCAAAUAUCAACAGACGACCGACACUGCUGGUUGGAUUCAGCUCGGAGUAG